UACACCAUAAAACCAAAGAAGAAGAAGAAUCAGCGUUAGUCUCAGCGUCGCUCAGCUUCACUCUCUCUUGGUUUUAUUUCUUAUGUAUAUAUAUAUUUAUAUAUAUUUAGAACCGUAGUUGAUCGAUGCUCUUAACAUUGUGGAGUCAUCUUUAGAGAGUCUGCCUCGAGAGAUUUGACAGAAAACCAGACUGAUCUGUUUGUGGCGGGCUCUGGAAGUGAGCAGUCAUGACCUCUGAGAGGGUGUUUGUGUUUGUUGAUGAAGAGGAGCUGUUCAGCGUGAUGAAGGAUGCUGACUGUCUCUACUGCAGGAUUCCUGUCACUGCCUCCAAACAGCACCUCAAAAAGAGACAUCUCAGAUUCGCUAUAUAUUAUAAAGACGCCGGCAUUGGGAGGUUUUCUAUCCCCUGUUACUGCUCUGAUGGAGGCCAUGGCAGGAGCCACUGGCACUGCCCGAUGUGCUCGAAAAUAUUGCACAGGACACAGAACUACAAAAUCCACAUUACCAACCACGGUGUUGAGAUGACAGACAAAUCCUCAGUGUCUGAUGGAAACAAACUGAGAUUCGUCUCAAAGUUUUCUCCUCUUCCAGCUGAGCUUCAGCCUACAACAGUCCUGUUAGAGAGCCUGCAAACACACAGCGAAGACAAGACACCGGGCAGCAAGGCAGCGUGCCAGAAGUGUGGCAUCCUCUUUACCACCACAUCAAAUUUGAGACGGCAUGAGAGACUACAGCACGGCCAAGACCAGCAGCCCAUUUUAUGCGUAGAUGCCAAAAAUGCCAUCUAUGUUACACCCAAAUAUCUGCACGGGCCGAGAGUGCCCAUUCAUAUCCGCAAAUCCUUCACCUUGCAGAUUCUGCUGUGUGAGCUGGAGGAAUGCUGGGAUUUCAUGAAAGCGCAGGCCCAGAGCGGGAAUCCUGGGAAGGAAUGCCGUCACCUCGUGAGAACGAAUCACGCGCAGCACUACGUCCCUCCUCCACCUCUGAGCGUCCGCUCUCUGGAGGAGAUGAGAGACAAACACCUCCUGUCCGCAUCAGAGAAACACGAGUGCCAGGAGAUGAACUCCAGGGCGUGUGUACAGGGGGUGGACUGUGUCUACCCUGUUUUUUGGGGCGAGCAUGACCUUCCAGAGAGAUGCGUCUUCUUCUCUGUGUACACUGACCUUGAGGACAAAUGGUGUCAGUUUGGGAGGACACGCGUCUCGUUCGACAGCAAGUCUGGCAGCUGGAAGUGUCUGUGUAAGCACAAAAGAAGCCGCUGCGUCCACAAGUGUUUGUGUAUGUGGUGGCUGUUUCAGGAGCGUCCCGAACUGUUGCAGGAUGCCCUAGAUGUCCACCCGGAAAGAGCUUUAAAUGACGACCUCUGCUAGACUCAGCAUCCGUCAGAACUUCUCUCGUUUCCUGUCUUUACUCAAUAAAAACACUGGACGUAACCUUUA